CGGGUGCGCCUCAUUCGCCGGCGGGCGCGCGAGCUCUGCGGAGGCUGCGCGCGCAGCCGGGGCUCCUGAGGAGGCGGCGGCGGCUGCUGCUGAGGGGACGAGAUGAUGCUGGGCGACCCGGCCCUGGAGGAGCCUCCUCCGGCGGCGGCCUCGGCCCUGCGGAGCGAGCUGGGCUCCCACCUGCACCUGCUGAAGGGGCUGAACGUGCGCUUCCGCUGCUUCCUGGCCAAGGUCCACGAGCUGGAGCGCCGCAACCGCCUGCUGGAGAAGCAGCUGCAGGCCGCUCAGGUGGGCGAGCGCGAGCGCCGCCUCCGCUACCGGCGCUUCCCGCGGCACCAGGCCGUGCAGACCGACCCGGAGCCGCCCGUCGGCGGGCCUGCCUCCCUCGCGGCCUCCUCGGCUUCCUUCCCUCCCGCUGCUUCUUCCUCCUCCUCAUCUUCCUACGGCCGCCUGCCCGGCACCAUCUGGAGCUACACGCAGGUGCGGCGGACGGGCGGAGGCGGCCUGGAGACCCUGCAAGGGCCCGGCGUCUCUUGGGUCCACCCGGACGGCGUGGGCGUCCAGAUCGACACCAUCACGCCCGAGAUCCGCGCCCUCUACAACGUCCUGGCCAAAGUCAAGCGCGAGAGGGACGACUACAAGGGCAGAUGGGAAGAGGAAGUGGCCAAGCGGAUGCGGCUGGAGUCGAUGGUGGAGACGCUGCAAGAGGAGGCGCAGGAAGCUGAAGCUCUCCAAGAGGAGCUAAAUGAGAAGAUCGAGAGGCUCAAAGCCGAACUGGUGGUCUUCAAGGGUCUGAUGAGCGACCCCAUGACCGACCUGGACUCAAAGAUCCAAGAGAAAGCCAUGAAAGUGGACAUGGACAUCUGCCGGCGUAUUGAUAUCACAGCCAAGCUGUGCGAUGUAGCGCAGCAGCGCAACUCGGAAGACGUUUCCAAGAUAUUCCAGGUGGCCUCCAAGAAGAAGGAGCGCCGGUUCACGUCGGAUGAAGACGUGGCCGAGCAGGACACGGACAACGCCCGCUUCUCGGAGGAGGACGUCAGCUGCUCUCUCAACAUCACCGACGAAAUGAAGAGGAUGUUCAAUCAGUUCAGGCGGGAGACCUUCGAUUUCGAUGACGACUGCGACAGCUUGACUUGGGAGGAAAACGAAGACACCCUGCUCCUGUGGGAAGACUUUACCAACUGCAACCCGACCGUGGAGCUCCAAGGAGAGCAAGAGGAGAACCUGGGAAACUUGAUCCAUGAGACAGAAUCUUUCUUCAAAACCCGAGACAAAGAAUAUCAAGAAACGAUAGGACAGAUCGAGCUGGAACUGGCCACCGCCAAAAGCGACAUGAACCGCCACCUUCAUGAGUACAUGGAGAUGUGCAGCAUGAAACGGGGCCUGGACGUCCAGAUGGAGACCUGUCGGCGGCUAAUCAAAGGCUCCGCGGAAAGAAAUUCCCCGUCGCCCAACUCGCUCGCCAGCAGCGACUCGGGAAACACGGACGAGAUUCAAGACGACUUCGACAGAGAAGCAGACGUAGAGCCCAUGGUCAGCUGAUGAACACCCGGAGCGGCGCAGGGGUUGUUGUUGGGGGUGGGGGUGGGGGGAAGGCGGUUUGGCGGGACGGGGAGAACAGAAAACUUUUUAAAAAAACAAAAACUGGACAAAAGUUGAAACCUUGCAGCAUGGGUGAUCCAGGACUUCCGCGUCCUCGGCCGGCAUUCCCGGAGGCUCGGGAACCUCCCGCGUCAUCUCAGGAUUGGUGCUGUAAAAAAACUUUUGUACUGUUCCGUCAACGACAAAUGUGACAAAACAAACAAACAAACAAAAAAAAACUGCAGUUCUACCUGUGCCUUCGCCCCAGGCUGUGGGCCCAACCGAGCUCCUAGGCCACGUCCACCUGCUUCGGACGGAAGGCAAGCUCCUGGGGGGGAAGGAACAGGCGCCUCUGGCGUGUGGGUGGGUGGGAAUUUCGGGGGCUCCAGGCCCCACGUCCUUCUUUUGCUGCCCAGGGUGGCCAACCCAGAGAGCCUGGGAGGGUUAAGGCCAGAAGGACCGCAGGGCGAGAAGGUCGCAGUUUUUAACUACUAUGCAAAAAAACAAAACGAAAAAAAAAAAAGCAAAGUGCUUUGCUUGCCUUAUUUCCGUGGCACGUUUGGGCCUCCGCUGGGCUCAGGUUCCUCUCCCGAGCGCCCGGCGGUUUGGCACCCCAGACCCGGUCUUGCCCGGUUUUGCUCUGUGAAGGUCCGUCUGCCGCCUCGGCAUGGCUGGAGGGCUGUGUCUUUUUUUUGUUGUUUUUUUCCCUGCUGCUUCCCCGAGUGCCGGGCGUGUGUUCCCGGGCUGGGGAGGCUUCAAGAGACGAGGAGGGAAGCCAUGGGUGGGUGCCUGCAGGCUGGGGAGGCUCCCCUCCCCAAAUCAGGACCUGAUCUGGCACCCAAGAUGACCUCGUGUGUUUCCGUUCCAUUGACGCUAAGUAUUCUCUGGGGAGGGGAGCGGUGUGUGUAUGUGUCAUUUAGGAGAGUUGGGCGCAUCACACAAAUAUGCAACUGGAAAGGGAAGCAACGCCCCCCUCCCUUCCCCCCCUCCUUUUCUUUCACUAUCCCUUGCUGCAGUUUGAUGUCGGAUACACUGUGUAUAUCGGACACCCUGCUGGCCAAUCAAUUGCUUGGCUUCUGUGGGCGGCUGGCUUUUGGUGUGAAUGGCGGCGGGAGGAGGGUCAGUUGGGGAGACCCCCAUCCACACCCAAUGCCAGCUGGCAGCCCUCCUCCAGCUGAGCCCACUCCUCGUAUACUGUGCUGAUACCUGUCCAAGAGGGAGGGGAGUGGUUUCUGUCUUGCGGGGCGGGGGGGGGAGAGAGAGAGACAGAUAGAGACACCCUUUAGUGAUGGGCUGCUUAAGGGCACUCCCCCCCCCUUCACAAACACCCCUUGUUUCUUGAACAUUUUUGGGGGUAGGGGGGCAUUGAUUCUUCUUCCAAAGUGCUUUUUAAACCCUUUGCUAUUCCCGCUCUCCGUAGCCAAAAUUGCAUCCUUUUCCUUCCUUAAAAACCAACCUCCCACCACCAUCGCUAUUACUAUUUUUAAAUUUAUUUUUUUUAAAAAAAUUUAUUUUGCAAGGGUCGAUACUGUAACUUGGUACUUUUCGUAAAAAGCCUGCCUUGAGGUCACCGAGUCGGGGUGUGUGUGUGUGUGUACGCGUGUAACUUGGGCUUGCUUUAAUGGGCGGCUUUGCCGAGAAAGACAUGAAUUGCCCUACUACGCCUCUCCCAGCCAGACGCCUCGGCUUUUGCCCUCGGACAUCUGUCGGAUUUCACAGUUGUUUAGCUGCCCAGUGGAGGAGAAUUCGCUCUUCCGUCCAGGCAAAAAAAAAACCAUCUGACCGCUUGCGAAUUCCCCCUCCCUCCGUUUCCUUGUUGCUCAAUUGUGCCCGUUAUUGUUUUACUUCUGAACGCACAAGCCUGGUUUGUAUGUAAGCUUUUAAUCAUGUGAAUAAGGGGUUGGAGGAGGUGGGUACGGCCCUCGUUGGGUUGCGGAGGGCGGCGGUACCUAGGUGAGGAAGGGACCGUUCUUUGGUGUAGGGGAUGCAAGGGCCGUUCAUUCUAGCUGGAACAAGGUGGCCCCUGCAUCACCAUCCACGGACGGAGGGUGUCCCCCCCCCAAAAAAAAGUGAAGACGGCGGCUGCACAAUCCAUUCCUCACCCCCUCUUUUCUCCGCACGGGGUGGAGAUUGGAUUGUCCAGCUUCCGUCUUGGCUCUUUUUAAUUGGCCUGGGUACUUGUCACAGGGUUGUGGCGUUUUUUGUUUGUAGGUGUCCAAGAGAAAAAUUGCCUAAGAAUAGAGUUGGGAUGGUAACGGUAAAGGCAGCGCUCACCAAUAUUAUACGCAGGCUGUAAUUGAGGGGUUUUUGUUUUGUUUUGCUGUCACCGCUUGGAAACUGGGGGGAAGACUUUAAUUGUGCCAGACGUAAUUGUGGUCAGUUAAUGUCCACCGUGGUUACACUCGGGAUGCGUUGGCGUUGACGGUGCUGACACAGUGGGCAGGCAGGGAGUGCGUUAAGGGUCUCUGCGGUCAUUUUGGAAAAGGGGAAAAAAAAUAAUAUUGGUGGGGCUGCAGGGCAUACUUUCAAUUCCUUCCUUCCUUCUUUUCUCUCUCCCCUCCCUCCCCUUUCCGUAAGGCUGUAAAUACUUUCUUUUAGUAUUCAUAAGGCCGUGUCCGAGCGACACUUUUUAAAGACUUUAACCAAUCUCUCUCGUGGGUUUUUAAAGGCAGGUGGGGGGAAGAGGGGAGGAGGGGGUGGGGAGGAAGCUAACAAUUUUCCUUUGCUUGUUAGCCAGGGCGAUGAUGGCGGUCUGUCCCAAUUCCUAAGCAAACUGGGUUUGUUUGUACAAAAUUUGGGGCGAAGCCUUUGCCGACUUGUUGAAUGCAUGUUGUUUAAAAGGACGGGGGGGGGGGGAUGAAGAAAAAAAGAAGAAGAAUAAAAUGUCCAAAGAAACCGUAUCUCGUUUCCAGGAUUGUAUAAUUUAAUUGCAGCUCAAGCCAUGAUGAGGACGCAAGUCCCGUUUCUGAAUUUUUAAGCUUCCCGAGUCCUCCCUGUCACAUUCCCCGAGUUCAGAUCACCUAUUCCCGUGAUGGUGAACCUAUGGCACGCGUGCAGAGCCCUCACUGUGGGCACCUGCGCCGUCGCUAGCUGCUCUUCUGGUUUUCAGUGCACAUGCUGGUCUUCACGGGCAUCUGAGCGCCUGAAAACAGCCAAAAAAACUGGCCGUUUUCAGGCCAUUUUUGGUCUGAAAAACGGCCCCCAAAAAUGGCCAAAAACAUGUGCACGCCAGCCAGCUGGUGUCCGGGUUUCCGGCGCUCCAGGGCGCGCACUCGGUUCGCCGUCACUGACCUGUUCCUUAAAAUCCGUAUCGCACACCUUUGUCAUUGCACAGCACGCAAGGGAAAUGAUUUGGGAAGCGGAGACUCCGUCCUUUCCGCCUGGAUCCGGGACGCCCCUACCC